CGGAAGUGGCGUUGGGUUGGAAUGUUUUCUGGCGUGAAAUUUAAAAUCCAGUCAUCAACUCACAUUGAUUCAUAAUAAGUGAGCGGUUGUCCAUGGCUCAGUCAUUGGUCCCGGGCGUGUCAGGCGUGGUCCUGAGGGGUGUCCCCAUCCCCAUCUCCCCCGAGUGCCAGCCCUCCCCCAUGACUGAGCUCACCAACUGCUUCACCGGCCUCGCUGCCUUCCAGUCAGGGGACACGCCGCGGAGGCGUCUGGACUUGUCCAACAUCAGCAACGGGAGUCUGGACGAGGCCACAGCCAUGCUACCUCCACAUGGAGCACCACAACCAGAACCAGCUUCCUGUUUACUUACAGUUCCAGAGUCUCCACUGCCCAGGACCAGCCGUAUGAAGAAGCUGAGGACCUUCCUGCCCAGACUGCUGUGCAGCAGCCCCAAGCCCCCUCCUGCCACAGGGAAACCCGCCAGGAACAAAGAGAAUCUGAGCCCCGAGGAGCCGUGGGCGGGUAAAGGCCGGUGCCUGAUGGCCUCUCUGGGGGCGCAGGUGCCAGCUGGAGAGGAGGCGGAGGGCAUGGUCAGCCCCAUCCACCCCAGCCUCCCCAUCUCCUCCCCCAUCUCGCCCCCCAUCUCCCCUCCUAUGUCCCCCAUGGACGCCUUCGAAGGCCUGCAGGAAGAGGAGCCUGUGAAUGCCAUGAUGUCCUCCAGCAUGGCACAGCUGCUCUCGGACCCCCUCAUGAGCCAGGAACUCAGCCUCUCCUCGCAGGAGGCGUCUAUGUGUCGUAAGCCUGGUCGCCGCCUGUUCCGCUCCCCCUCCAUGCCGGAGCGGUUGGGACGCCCCCUGCUGAAGCGACCCCGCACCUCGCCGCACGACGCCAAGCCACCAAUCAAACGCCACCGCACCAUCCCCACCAUCGUCGAGCACCCGCACACAGGCGCAGACCCGGAUGCGGAGCGGACGAGCCAGCCCACCAACACUGAGGGCAGGCAUCUUUUGAAGAAGACUCUGUCCCUGUGUGAAGUCGCUGAGCAGCAUCUUGGAGGAGAUGUGAAUGCGGAGCUGAUAGGAGAUUUCAGUAAGGUGUAUGCUCUACCCACGGUGACCGGUCGGCAUACGGACCUGAAGUACAUCAGUGGAGAGACGAUGUGUGACCUGUUGGAGGGCCGCUACAGCUGCCUGGUGGAGAGCUUUGUAGUGGUGGACUGCCGAUACCCCUACGAAUACCAGGGAGGACACAUACGGGGCGCUCUGAACCUGCCCAACUCUGACGAGGCGGUGGAGCAGCUGCUGUCUGUGCAGCUGAAGGCCGCGAGCCCCAACAAGAGACUGCUGCUCAUACUGCACUGCGAAUUCUCCUCCGAGAGGGCACCCCGCACGUGUCGCCUGCUGCGCAGCGUGGACCGCAGCAGAAGUGAGUACCCGGCGCUGGCCUACCCCGAGCUCUACAUCCUCAAGGGCGGAUACCAGGACUUCUACCACCACCACAAGGAGUUCUGUGACCCACAGACGUAUUGUCCAAUGCACCACGAGGACCACAAGGAGGAGCUGUUGCGCUGUCGCCAGAGCAGCCGUAUCUCAGCUGAGGAGCGUCGCCGUCGGCAACUCGUCAGCCGCCUGGGCAAACUGUGACGCACACACACACUAUCUCACUGUUUCACACACACACACACACACACACACACACACACACACACACACACACACACACACACACACACACACAUACGUACACACAAACACUUACUCACUCUCACAAGCACACGCACACACUAUCUCACUCACUCUUACACACACACACACUAUCUCACAUGCACACACACAUGCACAGAAUUAGUCACCUCCACACAAUCAUACAUACAUAUGCACAAACACUUACACGCUUAAACACAUUCGUUAAGUGUCAUACACCCACAAGCUACUCUCUCUCUCUCUCUCUCUCUCUCUCUCUCUCUCUCUCUCUCUCUCAUACACACACACACACACACACACACACACACACACACACACACACACACACACAUACUGUACACACCCACAGUUGCAAUGUGUAACAUGGUGGUAGUAAUCAUGUUUGACUAAUCUCAGACUGUUGCCAAUAAGAAGGGGAAGGUGUGUGUGUGUGCGCGCGUGCGUGUGCGUGCGUGCUUGCUUGCGUGUAUGCUUGUGUGUGAACGUGCAAGUGUGUGUUUGCGUGUGUGUCUGUGUGUGUGUGUUGUGUGUGUUUUUUAACUGCUGUAGUGCAGGCUGAUGUAGCCGUGUUGUUGAGCCUCCUCUCGUCUCGUCUCUGUUCUGUUCCCUAACCACUGGCUCCUGUGGGGUGAACAAGUGCUAUCUGUGGCAGACGCUGCCUGACUUGAUUUUAAUGUGUGUGCGUGUCUGUACAUGUACAUGUAUGUAAAGGGAUGUGUAUGUACAGUAUGUGUUUGUCUUACGUUCAUGCAUGUGAAUGCUUAUGUGUGUGUGUCUGUAUGCUAACAACUGCCCUGUUUACAGAAAAAGAUCAAUCAUGAGACUGUUGUUGUUCUUUUUUUAUUAUAUAUAAUGUUUUCUAAAACUGUUCAAUGUGAAGUCUGUGUGUGAAUUAAUUUGCUGUCCAGCUGACAUGAGUUUGAGUUGGUACUAGCUGCCUGUUGUUGUUGUUUUAUCAAUUCUGUAGUCACUCUGUCUAAAUGACUUUUUGGCUGUGUGCAGGGCAGGCGGGAUACGUUGCUGUUGAACACUUUAGUACUACUGUAACAACAUCCUCUGCCCCUAAUGGCGAAAAACAUCUCCGCAUCCUCCUCUGCCAUAACGAUAAAACAUCCGAAUAAACAAUUUAUAUUUUUUAA